AAUAAAUUUCGAGUGAAUUGAUUAUAAUUUGAUACGAAACACACGAAAAAGUGCUUUCCAAUUUGGAAAAGGUUUUUUACCACUCAGAAAUGAGUUAAUACCUAUGUAAAGGGAAUUGCGUAAAACAGAUACAAAUUAAAUUGUUUCUUUCGAUUUUUGCCGAAAUCGAAGAUGUGCAACAAUCAGAGACUGUGACUUUUAAUGAAUAUGCAACACGAGUAUACGAUAUGCUUAGAUAAUGUUAACGAUUGCUGUUUUUUCUGCGGACAGUUGAAAUUUAAACGAAACACCUUAAUGACAAAGGACCCGAUACACCUGAAGGCGUCCUUCGGGAUAUAUUCCAUACUGCACCUGUUUUUGCUGUCCAUGGUGCUGGUUGCGAAUGCUUUGCCUCCAGUGAUUCGAGUCGGAGCAAUAUUUACCGAAGACGAACGGGAAGGCAACGUUGAAUCGGCAUUUAAAUAUGCGAUUUACCGCAUCAAUAAAGAAAAAUCACUUCUGCCUAACACCCAACUUGUCUACGAUAUUGAGUAUGUGCCACGCGACGACUCCUUCCGGACCACGAAAAAGGUCUGUCGGCAAUUGGAAGCCGGAGUCCAAGCCAUCUUUGGCCCAACCGACCCACUGCUGGCGGCACAUGUGCAAUCAAUUUGCGAAGCCUUCGAUAUUCCGCACAUUGAAGUUCGCAUUGACUUAGAAAUUGGUGUCAAGGAGUUCUCUAUCAAUCUGUAUCCGUCCCAAAACAUUAUGAAUUUAGCCUAUCGCGAUCUAAUGAUGUAUCUCAAUUGGACAAAAGUCGCUAUUAUAUACGAAGAAGAUUAUGGACUUUUCAAGCAGCAGGACCUAAUUCACUCAUCUGCGGAGAUGAGAACCGAAAUGUAUAUAAGGCAAGCAAAUCCGGAGACUUAUCGUCAAGUUUUACGAGCCAUCCGCCAAAAGGAAAUUUACAAAAUAAUAGUUGACACAAAUCCAACUAAUAUCAAAACUUUUUUUCGAUCAAUUCUACAGCUGCAAAUGAAUGACCAUCGAUAUCAUUAUAUGUUUACCACCUUCGAUUUGGAGACGUUUGACCUGGAGGAUUUUAGAUACAACAGCGUAAACAUAACAGCUUUCCGUUUAGUAGACGUCGGAAGUAAACGUUACCAGGAGGUGAUAGAUCAAAUGCAAAAGCUGCAGCACAGCGGAUUAGACAUGAUAAACGGGAUGCCAUACAUACAGACAGAGUCUGCUCUCAUGUUCGAUUCGGUAUAUGCAUUUGCAUAUGGGCUGAAACAUUUGGAUAGCAGUCACACUUUAACGUUCAGGAAUCUUUCAUGUAACUCUGACCGAGUAUGGAGCGACGGACUCUCGCUAUAUAAUUAUAUUAAUUCGGCUGCAGUUGAUGGCUUGACUGGAAGGGUUAAUUUUAUUGAGGGUCGAAGAAGCAAAUUUAAAAUUGAUAUACUAAAACUGAAACAGGAAAUAAUACAAAAAGUCGGCUUUUGGCAACCGGAUGUGGGUGUUAACAUUUCUGAUCCUACUGCAUUUUACGACUCCAACAUUGCAAAUAUAACUCUGGUCGUAAUGACUAGAGAGGAACGUCCGUAUGUUAUGGUUAAGGAAGAUGCAAAUCUUACCGGAAAUGCUAGAUUUGAGGGCUUUUGCAUAGACCUACUGAAGGCCAUAGCACAACAAGUUGGCUUCCAAUAUAAAAUUGAAUUGGUUCCCGAUAAUAUGUAUGGUGUUUACAUACCGGAAACAAAUUCUUGGAAUGGAAUUGUGCAAGAGUUAAUGGAAAGGCGCGCAGAUUUAGCUGUCGCGUCAAUGACUAUUAACUAUGCACGAGAAAGUGUUAUUGACUUCACCAAACCAUUUAUGAAUCUCGGAAUUGGCAUUCUAUUCAAGGUGCCGACAAGUCAGCCCACACGACUGUUUUCCUUUAUGAACCCAUUGGCAAUCGAGAUCUGGCUGUAUGUGCUAGCUGCUUAUAUCUUAGUAUCCUUCGCGUUAUUUGUGAUGGCUCGCUUCUCUCCGUAUGAGUGGAAGAACCCGCAUCCGUGCUACAAGGAAACUGAUAUCGUUGAGAAUCAGUUUUCGAUAUCCAACAGUUUUUGGUUUAUAACGGGCACGUUUUUGCGACAAGGAUCCGGUCUGAAUCCAAAGAUAUCAGAUCGAGCUCAAACAAAGUUUUUCUCUUUUAUGAAUCCACUCGCCAUCGAAAUAUGGUUCUACAUAGCAUUCGGCUACAUUCUUGUAUCUAUCUGUAUAUGGAUAGUAGCACGAUUAUCACCUAUGGAAUGGGUUCGUUCGAAACCAGCCUGUUCCAUGGCAUGCGACCAUAUGUUGCGAAAAAUUCGAAAAGCUAACAAGGCCUACGAUCAAUUGGAACUGAAAUCUUUCGUUAAUGAUCGGGAUCCUGAUAACAAGUGCUGCAAAGAGCACAUAAAUAAUUUAAAGCUAAAUGAUGAACACACAGCUAUUAAUCAUAAUAAUGCUGCUACUGUCGACUAUUUUAUAAAACCCACUGUUCUUCAGGACGAUGAUGAGAAUGAUGAUGAUGACCCCUUGGAGUUAGUAAGCGUACAAAAUGACUUUACACUGAAAAAUAGCUUUUGGUUUGCAAUUGGUGCUCUAAUGCAGCAAGGGGCCGACUUAUAUCCAAGGGCAACAUCUACCCGGAUUGUUGGCGGUUGCUGGUUUUUCUUUUGUCUAAUUAUAAUCUCAUCAUACACAGCUAAUUUGGCUGCCUUUUUAACAGUCGAACGUAUGAUAACCCCUAUUGAGAGUGCGGCAGAUUUGGCAGAUCAAACUGAAAUCUCAUACGGCACUUUGGAAGGCGGAUCAACUAUGACAUUUUUUAGGGACUCAAAAAUUGGGAUAUAUCAGAAAAUGUGGCGCUACAUGGAAAACCGAAAAGCAUCUGUGUUUGUGAAAAGUUACGAGGAUGGAAUAAAGCGCGUAAUGGAAGGCAAUUAUGCUUUUCUAAUGGAAUCGACAAUGUUGGACUAUGCCGUUCAGAGGGAUUGUAAUUUGACACAGAUUGGCGGCCUGUUAGAUUCUAAGGGUUAUGGUAUUGCAACACCUAAAGGAUCUCCUUGGAGGGACAAAAUUUCUUUAGCGAUAUUGGAAUUGCAAGAGAAGGGCAUUAUUCAGAUACUCUACGACAAAUGGUGGAAAAAUACUGGCGAUGUGUGCAACAGAGAUGACAAAAGCAAAGAAUCAAAAGCAAAUGCGUUGGGUGUGGAAAAUAUUGGUGGUGUAUUUGUUGUUCUACUUUGUGGACUUGCGCUUGCGGUGGUUGUGGCCAUUUUUGAAUUUUGUUGGAAUUCAAAGAAAAAUCUGCACACAGACAAUCAAUCCUUGUGUUCAGAAAUGGCCGAGGAGCUGCGUUUCGCCAUGCACUGCCAGGGAUCCAAGUCAAAGUCAAGUCAGAGACCUGCACUUAAACGUGAUUGCAUUAAAUGUGCUCCCGGGUCCACUUACGUGCCAACUAAUGUUACAAUGCCAAACUUGGGCGUUCAUUAUAACUAUUUUAAUUGAAUCAGAUUCCGAUAAUAAAACAUCAAAAAACUUAAAAGAACGGUUAAGGCUUUUAAAAUUAAGUAAAUGAUGCUCAUAUAUGUGCACGAACAUGCAUUACAGACUUUACAGACAUCUAUUUAUUAUUUUUGUAUUGACUUUCAAAAAUAA